GCUCUCGAGGAGGCUGCAACCACAAGGACGGUGGGCGCCGGGAUUUCAGAAGAUAUCACUGGGACACUCGGCACCGUGGCCCAGGACAACCCAACAAUUACGUCAGGCCGAAGUGAAGCCGGCUCUCCAUCCCGCAAGCGCAGACGACUGUCAAGUAUGAGGCCGGACGGGCUUUCAAGCACAAAUGGUCUUUCUCAAGGCUUGAUGGAUCCAGUAUCGGGUAAAGCCGGUCUGAAUGGUCAAGCUACCUCCUUUGCGAAUGGAGGGUCGCAGUCCAAUGGGGCCGGCAAGCCCUUGAUGAGCUCCUACUUUGGCCACAACCGGGAGGAAGUGACGCGGAUUCUCAUUCAAAGCCUGUAUGAGCUAGGGUACGACAGAGCAGCAUCCUGUCUGAGCUCCGAGAGCGGUUAUCAGUUGGAGACACCUGGAGUUGCAACGUUCCGCAGUGCCGUUCUCAAUGGUCGGUGGUCAGAGGCGGAGCGGAUCCUCAUACGAUCCUUCCGCAACAUGGGACUCAACGAGGAGGAGAGGGACGGGGUGGAGGAGACUAUUGUCUUGGUCGAGGAUGCAAGUCGCAAUGAGAUGCUGUUUUAUCUUCGCCAGCAAAAGUUCCUAGAGCUCUUGGAAAGCCGGGACCUCGCCUCGGCGCUUCAAGUUCUCCGACAAGAACUCACCCCUCUCAAUUUCGAUGUUGACCGGCUUCAUGCACUUUCAAGUCUGCUGAUGUGUCCCACUGAGCUACUACAUGAGCAGGCAGGCUGGGAAGGGCCGACGAGCUCGUCUCGUGAACGAUUAUUGGCCACACUGUCGAAAUCCAUAUCGCCUUCAGUCAUGAUUCCCCAGCAUCGACUGGCAAUCUUGCUGGACUACGUAAAACAAGGACAGAUCAGCAAUUGUCUGUACCAUAAUACAGCAGAACCUCCCUCACUUUAUUCGGAUCAUAUGUGUAACAAAGAAGACUUCCCCUCGGCUGUCAGCAGCACUCUUAACCAGCACGUGGACGAGGUGUGGCACUGUGGGUUCUCGCACGAUGGGACCAAGCUCGUCACUGCGGGUCAAGACCGCAAUGUACUGAUCUACGAUACGAGCACUUUCACGGUGAUCCAUCGUUUGGUUGGGCAUACAGAAGGAGUUGCCUUUGCAAGUUGGAGUCCAGAUGAUUCAAAACUUAUUACUUGCUCAAAGGACACAACCGCCCGUGUGUGGAAUACAGAGACUGGCAACUGCCUGUUGACAAUCACCCAUCAUUCCCACCCAGUCACCGCAGCUGGCUGGGCGCCCGACGGUCAGUCAUUCAUUACUUCAUCUCUUGAUGCAAAUUCGAGUCUUUGUCACUGGAGUAUGCGGGGAACGACCUUGCAUACCUGGAAAGAGGGAUUCCGCACACAAGAUUGCGCCAUUAGUCCGGAUGGUCGACGGGUCGUGGCUGCAGAUACUGUCGCGAAGAUCCACGUGUUUGAUUUCCACAGUCAUGAAAAGGAAUACUGUCUGUCCCUUCAAAGCAAAGCAACUUCCGUCACUAUCAGUCAGGACUCCAAACACAUGCUGGUCAACCUUGCCGAUGGCGAGAUCCAGUUGAUUGACAUAGACACUACCACUGUCAUUCGCCGGUUCCGGGGACAUCAACAGGGCAAAUUCGUGAUCCGGAGUGUCUUUGGUGGCGCCGCAGAGAAUUUCGUCGUCAGCGGAAGUGAAGACUCAAAGAUCUAUGUUUGGCACAAGGAAAAUGGGACUCUCGUGGAAACCCUGGAAGCUCACACGAAAGAGUGUGUCAACUCAAUAUCGUGGAGCCCAACGAAUCCAGGCAUAUUCGUUUCUGCGGGUGAUGAUAAGACCGUGCGCAUGUAUUUGGUCAACCAAGUUAGAGAGUCCUAUUGCGAUCGGGAGGACAAGUCAAAGACAAGGCUUGUCAUCUUUGACCUCUCAGAGGACGAGUGCUUUGCGAACGACGUCCGCAUUUUAAAGCAAUCAUGGACACCGCACAAUAUGUCGAGCGUGCCACACUGCCUUUUUGUAUGA